AUGUUGGAGCAGUUACUGAUAUUUACUCGAGGAGGGUUGAUCCUGUGGACCUGCAACCAAUUCACCAACGCCCUCAAGGGGUCUCCGAUCGACACGUUGAUCCGCUCUUGCCUCCUGGAGGAGCGAUCCGGUGCGGCCAGCUUCACCUACGACGCACCUGGAGCCUCCUACUCCCUCAAAUGGACCUUCCAUAAUGACCUUGGCCUCGUCUUCGUCGCCGUCUACCAGCGCAUCCUCCAGCUCCUCUACGUCGACGAUCUACUUGCCGCCGUCAAGCGCGAAUUCUCGCGCCUCUACCACCCCCAAAAAACCGCCUAUGGAGAUUUUGACGAGAUCUUCCGCCAGCUCCAGAUCGAGGCUGAGGCUCGCACCGAGAAUUUCAAGAAAACGAAUUCCCUCCCCGCUGUGGGUCCUCAAAGGAAACAGCAAAACGCCGCCUCGCAGGGGCAGGGGCAAGGGCAAAACGCUGGGUCAGAAAAAAAGAGCGAUGGUGAUGGUAAUGGGAAGAAAGGGCGUAGAUUGGAGAGUGGUGGUUUUGUUGUAGCUAAUAAUAAUUGUAAUGCUAACUUGAAGAAUAGGGGUAAUGGUAGUGUGAAUACUGGGAAAGAGAAUGCGAGUGCUAAUAUAGGGGCUUUUGAUGUAAAUAGGCUGCAGAAGCUUAAAGGAAAAGGGGGGAAUGGGAAUGGGAAGAAGAAAGAAGCUGUUGUUGCUGUUAAAGCUGAGCCUAAAAAGGUGGUUAAGAAAAACAGGGUUUGGGAUGAUUCUACGCCGCAAACCAAACUGGACUUUACGGAUCAUCUUGAUGGGGAUGGAGAUGGGGAUAAAAAGGUUGACUUUUUAGCUAAGGAACAAGGGGAGAGUAUGAUGGAUAAAGAAGAGGUUCUUAGCAGUGAUAGUGAGAUUGAAGAAGAAGAUGAUGAUGAUACUGGAAAGGGUAGCAAGCCUGAGGCUAAGAAAAAGGGUUGGUUUUCGUCUAUGUUCCAGAGUAUUGCUGGAAAGGCCAAUUUGGAGAAGUCAGACUUGGAACCGGCUUUGAAAGCUCUCAAGGACAGGCUCAUGACCAAGAAUGUGGCCGAGGAAAUAGCUGAGAAACUAUGUGAGUCAGUGGCAGCAAGUCUUGAAGGCAAAAAGCUAGCUUCAUUUACAAGGAUAUCUUCAACAGUGCAUACAGCAAUGGAAGAUGCACUUGUUCGUAUUUUAACCCCAAGGCGUUCUAUUGACAUAUUGAGGGACGUGCAUGCUGCCAAGGAGCAAAGGAAACCAUAUGUUGUUGUGUUUGUUGGAGUUAAUGGAGUUGGAAAAUCUACUAAUUUGGCUAAGGUUGCUUACUGGCUUCUGCAACACAACACUAGCGUCAUGAUGGCUGCAUGUGAUACAUUUCGAUCAGGAGCUGUUGAGCAGCUGCGGACACAUGCACGUAGACUGCAGAUCCCUAUAUUUGAGAAGGGCUAUGAGAAAGAUCCUGCCAUUGUAGCAAAAGAAGCAAUUCAGGAAGCUUCACGCAACGGUUCAGAUGUGGUUCUAGUUGAUACAGCUGGCCGUAUGCAGGAUAAUGAACCACUGAUGAGAGCCCUAUCAAAGCUCAUCUACCUCAACAAUCCUGACCUUGUCUUAUUUGUUGGAGAAGCACUUGUUGGUAAUGAUGCAGUUGAUCAGCUUUCAAAAUUCAACCAGAAAUUAGCCGACCUCUCAACAUCUCCCACACCCAGAUUGAUAGAUGGGAUCUUGCUCACAAAAUUUGACACUAUUGAUGAUAAGGUGGGAGCUGCACUGUCAAUGGUUUACGUGUCAGGAGCUCCAGUGAUGUUUGUGGGCUGUGGACAGUCCUAUACUGACCUUAAGAAACUGAACGUCAAGUCAAUUGUGAAGACACUCCUUAAAUGA